AUGAAGAAUCAAACAGAUGACAAACGUAAACGUGCUUUAUCAUCGCCAAUCACAUCUCAUUUAUCGACAAUAUCAGAACAAGAAACAGUAAAACCUAAAAGACCUUUAUCGACUCCAUUUGAAUUAUCAUUGGAUCAAGUGAUUGAACAAGGAGGAGACAAGAAAACUUCUUCGACUUCUAUUUCCUCAACUCCAAUAAUACCUAAUAGUAAUUAUAGACAACAACAGCAACAAUUGCCUUCUCAAAAGAAAAGACCAGUUUCUUUUGUUUCACAUCCACCAAAUGGCAAUGAUUCAAUUAAACUUCCUCGUUCAAUCUCAUUAAAAAAUCGUAAAAAUUCUCAUCAACAAAAAAUUUUAUCAUCAGCAUCAUCUACACAUUCGUCGAUUAACAACAACGAACAACAUUUAUCAACAAUAAGAUCAAGUGUAUCAGCUACUUCUACCGACACAAAUACUUCUACCAACUAUUACAACUACAAUAAUGAUUCAGGAGCCGUCUCACUUUUCCCAUAUGAUCAUAUUCGUAAAAGAGAAAGUUCACGAAAAAUUAAAGGUAUAGCUUAUAACAGAUCAUAUAAUAGACAAGCUAUGAAUGAAGAGGAGGAAACAGAAUCUGUAGCACCAUCAAUUAAUUCAAUUGGUUCAACAAAUAUUGAAACAGAAGGUGGCGUUAUAGCAAUGAAAUUUGGAACAAAUUCUUCUAGUGCUACUACUGCUACUAAUGCAAGUAUGAAAGGAACAAAAAAUGAACACAUGGAUCGUCAUCAUCAUUUACAAUCUUCAAUGUUUGUAUGGUUGAAAAAAAGAAUGAUGGGAGGUGGGAAUAGUAAGAUUAAGAAAGAAAAAAUAUCAGCAGUCAAUCAUAUUACACAUGAAAAUCAAGAUUCAAAUAACAAUUUAAUCAAUGAUGCAAAAAAACUUUUGGGGUGCUUCUUGCAAGCUGGAACCCUGCAAUUUUCUGAAAUCACUGAAGAAGAAUUGGUUGCUAUGACACAUCUUUGUGCAAUAGGAAUCAUAAAAGAAAGGAAAAGUCAGUUAGAGUUCACAUCCAAUAUUAGUUUUGAUCUGUUAUCAAGUAGAUAUUAUCCUUUCUAUGUAGAAAUAAUAUAG